AUGUCACCAAUCCCAAUUGCUAACCCGAAAAAACCUAUAAAUGUGCCACAUUCGCGCCAUGCCUUCUCUCAAACCCCUAACAAUGCCCACAUUGUCUACGGCUCUGUCGGUCGCUCAGCUUUUGGAGACCCGCUCCAUCUCUCUCCAGUCUUAAGUCCGCCCUCUAACUUAGAGGAAGAUACAUUUAUAGUAAAUCCUCGUCAAGCUCAACUUUUAGCUCAGGAAGAAGAAGAGAUUUUAAAUCACUCGAACCAAUGGCAAAAACCAACACAACUUAUUCACCAAUCUGCAUCCUCAGAAACACUGAUUUCACAAGACACAGAAGCUGCCCACCUGAUAUCCCAACAAGCCUCAUCUUCUUAUGGAACAGUCGAUUCCCCUCAAACACAAUUUUCAGAUAAUGACGAACAGGACCCAGAAACUGCCCAAGUCAUGGCCAUUUCUAAAGCAUGGGAUGAAGCUGUUAAUGAGGGUCGUGCAGAAACUUCAUACGCAAUGGAAAUUAGAUACAUUAUUUUAAACUCGUGUCCACUAGUAAUUACCUUUUUGCUCCAGUACUCACUCACUGUGGCUUCAAUUUUUUCUGUAGGCCACUUGGGGAAAACGCAGCUGGCUGCCGUGUCCCUUGCCUCCAUGACUGCAAAUAUCACUGGCUUUGCUAUGAUUCAAGGCCUUGCAACUUGUCUUGACACACUUUGUGCCCAGGCAUAUGGUGCAGAAAAUUAUUCUCUUGUUGGUGAAUAUUUCCAAAAAUGCACCUUAAUGGUGAUGGCCUGCUUUGCUCCUGUUAGCAUUCUAUGGCUCUAUGCAGAACCUCUCAUUCGAUUUCUAGUGACUCACGAUGAUCCAGCUUUGGCCCCGCUCGCAACUUCUUACCUUCGCAUUGUACUUAUAGGUGUUCCUGGUUACAUUGCUUUUGAAUGCGGGAAACGAUUUGUCCAGGCACAGGGCAUUUACUUUGCAGCCACUUUUGUUUUAUUUAUCUGUGCUCCUAUUAAUGCCUUUUUAAACUACCACCUUGUUUGGUCUUCAGUCGUUGGUCUUGGGUUCAUUGGCGCACCUCUAGCCGUUGCAAUCACUCAAUGGCUUAUGGCUAUUCUUCUUUUUCUUUAUGUUCGCUAUGUUGACGGGCUCAAGUGCUGGGGUGGACUUUCCCGCAACGUUUUCAAAAACUGGGGGACCAUGUUUAGACUCGCCAUCCCUGGUGUCAUUAUGAUUGAAGCUGAAUUCUUAGCUUUUGAAGUUUUGACAUUUGCUGCAUCCCGUCUUGGGACUACAGCUUUGGCUGCACAGUCUGUUCUUGCUACCACCUCUUCUUUGCUAUAUCAAGUUCCAUUUGCUAUGAGUAUUGUUGCAUCAAACCGUAUUGCAAACUUUCUUGGUGCAGCUCUCCCACAAAAUGCACGCAUUGCCAAAAACGUUGCUCUUAUAGCUGCUGUGGUUUUUGGUACCAUUGAUUCAAUUAUUCUUUACGUUUUACGCUUCCAUGUUGGCACUGCAUUUUCUUCUGACUCCGAUGUCGUUGCUCUUGUUGCAAAAUCACUGACUGUUUUGGUUUAUUGCACAACCGUUGAUGCUCCUGGCGCAGUGCUUGGAGGCGUGCUCCGAGGCUUUGGCCGUCAGGCUAUCGGUGGCUAUCUUAAUUUAUUCUUUUAUUAUGCUGUCGCCAUGCCUUUGGGCUUAGUCUUAGCAUUCUAUUAUGAUUAUAGUCUUAAAGGUCUGUGGGGAGGUAUAUUUGUUGCUAUUUUUUCCAUUGACAUUUCCGAGUUCAUUUAUGUUCAACAAGUCGACUGGCAGGCUCUGGUCGACGAGGCCCGCUCACGUCAAACAUUAGAACGUAUUGUUCCAUAA